UGCUGCUGACGAGGAGCCGGUUGAACGCGCUUUUUUCCCCCGGGAGCCGCGAACGGCGCCUUGACCGAUAACCGAGUGGGCUUUUACUUCUUUCACCUUUGGCGUGCGGAAUUCGGAGCAUCUCCGCGUUCUUGCUCUAAUGGCGGUGACCAACGAAGCCGAGCUCUCCCCUCAGGGACCUCCGCGGAGCCAGGAGCAAUCCGGCUGGCGCCAGAGUCCUCACCAAAUCCAUGGAAGUUACGAGAAGAAAGGAAUUUCUGUGGCACUUGAUGUGAUUGGGAUUGGACAGCAGAAAGCAGAAGGCACAUGUUCUAGAAUUUCUGAAAAGCAGAGAGUGAGCAAGAAGACAGAUGAAAUGACAGGAUUCAUGGAUGACUUGCCUCUGAGCUCACCUAAAGAGAGAUCUCCUUCAUGUUCAAGGAGCAGCUGUAGCGGGCGAUCCUCCUCAGUAUCAUCCAGUGAUUCAUCUUAUAGUUCAAGAUCUAGUUCAAGUAUUUCAUCUUCCUCCACAAGCUGGAGUAGGUCAAGGAGCAGAUCAAGGUCAUGUACUAAAAGGAAUUAUUCUCAGAGAUACAGGUGACACUCAAGAACUUAUUCCAGGAGUCGCUCAAGAUCACGCAAUUACAGAUACCGGGAAAGGUGCCAUCCUAGAUACUACAGAAGAUAUCAUUGCUCACCUCCAAGAUAUCGAUCACGGAGCCAAUCUCCUGUUAGAUCAUACUAUAGAAGGUCUUACUCCAGAAGUAGAUCAAGAAGCCAAGGAUACUAUGGGUUUGGACGAACUGUACGUCCUGAAUCUUAUAGAAGCUCUAGAACCCGUUUCCAAACAAGAUCUCGCAGUAGAACUCCUCUUCACUUGACGGAAAAAGAAAAGAGAGAACUACUGGAAAUAGCAAAGGCUAAUGCGGCUAAAACCUUUGGGAAAGAAAUAGUCUUGCCAGCCAGUUUAAGAAUUGACACAAAAUCGAAUGAAAAUGGAAAACCAAAAGAGAACAACUUAUAUUUUAAGAAAUCAUGAAUGUGGUCUCCAGCUCUGAUGAAGAAAAUCUGUUGGUGAUUGUGGGCAAUAGCUGUGACUCACGGGAGGGGAAGUAGGAUUCAAGUAAGUCUGAAAUGGUUGGAAAGUAUUUACAUAAAACUGAACAAUUAAAAGUCUAAACUUACUUUCUUAAGCAGUGAUGUUAGGUAGUAAAAUACUAUAAAUGUUAUAUUCUAGGUAUUGAAAGAAAGAUUAGGAACUGCCUGUUGAUUUUGAAAAUAUUUUCCUCAAUUCUUCUCUAGUAGGAAAUAACAAAAUAUAAUCCUUAAUGAAGUGUACCUUUUCAUUAAUCUAGAAUCUAAAGAAUCUAAAAUUUAGGGGUGGGUAUGAACCUAAGCUAAACUUACUGAAAAUAGCAAACAUGACCAUAAAUUUUAGCAAUUUGGUCAGCACUUCCUCCUUAAUCCCAAUAAUACUUAUUUGGAGGUCUGAUAGAAUUAUUUUCAGAUUAGUAAUUGUAGUGUUUGCACGUUUAUUCAGAAGCUAGAGCAGAACCUUAUUUAAGUUAUUUAGGUGGCAGUAAUUUAAAAUAUAAACAUUCUCUCCCUAGCAGACCAGCAAACAAACAGAAGAUAAGAAAAUGGAAUUGAGAUGACUUCUGCAACGAAGGGCAUUACUCUUAAUCCGAAUAAUAUAAUGCCGAGGCCACGGGCCCUGAAAUCAGCAAGUUUGCAUUCUAAAGAUGCUGUAGUAUCCCCAGGAAGAGAAGAGAAAAAAGAGGGCCCUAUUGGCCAGUGGAUUCCUGUUAAGAAUGAGUUUCAUAAUUUUUCACCUAAAAGUACAACCUUCAGAGCGUGCUAAUAGUUCUAUUCUGGUUAAUAGCAUCUGAAAUAUCUCAGUAUUGGGUUUAAAUAUAGGUUAUCUCAUUUGAAACUAGAAUUUGUUUUUUAGAUAGAAAAUGGAGCACAGAGGCCCAGAGAAUACAGGUAGGAUUUUUUUUUAUGUAAAUAAUUCUUUUUGACUGAAAUGGAUUAUGUCACAAGCAGGAUAUAUUAUUAAAAUGAAUUUGAGAGCAGUUUUCAGUGUGUAAUAUAUGUAACAUAAGAACAAAUAAACUUUCAUUUUAUAACUUG